UUGGUUCUCCCUAGGCCUCUUGAUAGUUACUAGAUUUGAGAUAUUGAGAGAUUAAUGGCGGCGAACUAAUGUGGUUUUAGAUUAUUAUAAUUACAGUAGUAUUAUGGGAAACCAUUGAUUGAUUGGGGGUUUCUGGGAUGAGCAAGCACAAGUGUGGAGCAUCAAAGUCAUUUCUUUCACUAGCUUUCCCAUUCCAUUUAUGAAUCAUCAAAUUUGUUAUUUUCGUCUCCACUUUCUAGAUGCCGCCCUGCCUUUCCUUCAACCCAGCCUCUCCCGCCGACGACCCUCUUCCUCAUCAUCCAUCAUCAUCUUUAGACGGGGUGGCCUCCUCCUCCAGAAACAACCUCUCGCCUACCUUUAAUCUCAGCCACGAGUUGGCUCACGCUUUUCAGACUCCUUCCUACCACGACAUACGUUCACUGGUUCAUGUCGUUGAACCUGCUUCCCAACAUCAACUUCCCGUUAUCCAACCCGACAUCAAUGACCGGACCGAGCUGCUUCUCUCUCAGAUUCUCCAACCAAACAAGGAAUGCGUCCAAGCAGCUCUCGAUCACGCCAAGCCCACUUCACUCACCCAUCUCAUCUCCACUUACUUCCAACACAGCGAAUCCGCCACACGCCUUUGUUUGAAUCUUUACCAAAGUGUACACAGCGCUCGCCACCUCUACACACCCCUCUUUGACCUCUUCCGCAUCCUCCCCGGUGACGGUGAUUCCUACGCCAUUGACGAGUCUCUCUGUAACUUGGCAUUCGACGUCUUCCUCAAGCUCGACACUUUUGAAAACCCUUUCUCAUCUCCUGAUUCUCACAGCUUUCAAGAGACUCAAUUAUGCUUCUCUCAGCUUAAGCACAAUCUCGACACCCGUCUCCGUAAGUCUAGAUCACGGGUCCGCCUCAUCCACCAUGCCACUGCUGGUCCCCUGUGCAGUCCUUACCUCCCUCACAGUUUCAAGAAGAAGGAGUUAACUAACAUUUCUCAGCUCAAUGCUGCUGCCAAGGGUACUUUUGUGCUCAACAAAGAUCUCGACACCAUUGACCGUCUUGUCUCCCGCCUCCACACCGGGAUUGAAUACGACAAGCUUUUCAUUCGGCUUGGAUUGGAGAGGGGGAGGGACGUGUAUUCAGUUCAAGAGAUUUUGAAACAGCUUCACAAGACCCACCUUAACCUCACUCAUCAACUCAAGGAUCUUGAGGAUCAUAUUUGCCUUUGGUUCACCAACGUUAACAAAGCUAGAUCGUUACUCCUUCAAGAGAUCCAUCUUCCCCGAAUAUAACCUCCCCCCAAAUCUCUCUCUCUCUAUAUAUCAGUUUUCCGUAUUUGUAAGUUGGUUUUGGUAGAGUUUAGAGGGAACAAAAUUACUGCUAGCUCUAGUCAAACUCAAUCAAGAUUUCAUGGUCGGCUGCUUUUUUUUUUUUUGGAAAAUCAUAAUCUCAUAUAUCUGGAUAGUUUGACGAGCUA